AUGGAGUCUGGCAGCAUCUUCCUGCUCCUGGGGCUCCUCAGCGUCUGGGCCGAGCUGCAGGCUGUAGCUGGCCAGGGAGAUAAACGUGACAUUUGCCGACUCCCGCCUGAGACGGGCCCUUGCAAGAUAUACAUCCCUCGCUUCUUCUACAACCCGGCCUCCAGGACGUGUGAAAGCUUCAUCUACGGGGGCUGCAAGGGCAACGGGAACAACUUUAAGACGAAGGCAGAGUGUGUGCGUGCCUGCAGGCCUCCUGAGAGACCCGGGGUUUGCCCCAAGACCACAGGCCCUGGCAUUUGCCUGCAUGGCUGCAACAGCGACUCUGACUGUAAAGAAGGACAGAAGUGCUGCUUUAAUGGCUGUGGCUACAUCUGCAUGGCGGUGGCUCCAUCAGGGUCUCCCUAACGCCCAUCUGCCAGGACCCUGGACUCCAGAGGGAACGAGCUGCCUCAGCCGCACUGACCAAUUGCCAAGAUCAGAUCAGCCAGAAGACAAAGUCCCGACCCCCAGGGACUCUCCCCA